AUGACGCUCCCGUCCUCGACGUACACCCAUCCGGAAACUUUUCUUAGUGGAGUUCUCGGGAAGCGCCGUCGACGAGUACAGGAGAGGGUUCGUUGGUUCAUCCUGAACAGGCACGCCCUGCAGGGUCUGCUGUUGUUCGACAUAGCGGGGCUCCGGCCCGGCCCGGGCAUGCCGCCGGCCAUAGUUCUGAUGCUCCCACCGGCAAUGGUCAUGGCGCAUAACCGGGCCGAUCCCGUGCGCAACGUCGCCGAGUAUGACCCCGGAACCGAUGCAGCCUGGCGGGCGGCCCCGCCUCGCAUGGCGGGUGUGGUGCAGGCGCGGAGUUAUUGA